AUGGCUAAUCUUCGUCUAAUGAUCACUCUAGUGACUGUUUUGAUUUACUUACUUCCUAGUUAUAUCAAAUCGUUAGAGAUUAUUCUACCCAAAUCCCUAAACCUCACCCUCCUCACCGAUCCUUCCACCAUCUCCGCCGCCUCUCAAGAUUUCGGAAACGUCACCACCGUGAUACCCGGUGGCGUUAUCUGCCCUUCCUCACCCGCUGACAUAUCCCGUCUCCUCAGCUACGCCGCCAGCGGAGAAAGAAAGUUCCAAGUGGCAGCCCGCGGCCAAGGCCACUCCUUAAAGGGCCAAGCAGGAGUCCUCAACGGAGUAAUCGUCAACAUGACGUGUCUCGCUGGCGUAGUGGUUUCAGAUGACAUGAAGUAUGCCGACGUGGCCGGUGGGACGUUAUGGGUUGAUGUCCUGAAAAAGACCGCGGAGAAAGGGGUUUCUCCGGUUUCUUGGACCGAUUAUUUGCAUGUUAGCGUUGGAGGAACGCUGUCAAAUGCUGGAAUCGGUGGUGAAGUGUUUAGAAACGGUCCACAGAUUACUAACGUCCUUGAGUUGGACGUUAUAACUGGGAAAGGUGAAAUGUUAACAUGCUCGCCACAGCUAAAUUCAGAGUUGUUCUAUGGAGUUUUAGGAGGUUUGGGUCAAUUUGGGAUAAUCACGAGAGCCAGAAUUGUUUUGAACCAUGCACCUAAAAGGGCGAAAUGGUUUCGAAUGCUGUACAGUGACUUCACAGCUUUUACAAAGGACCAGGAACGUUUGAUAUCAAUGGCCAAUGAUAUUGGAGCCAAUGAUAUUGGAGUUGACUAUUUAGAAGGUCAACUAUUCAUGUCAAACGGCGUCGUAGACACCUCUUUUUUCGCACCGUCUGAUCAAUCUAAAAUCGCUGAUUUAGUCAAGAGCCACGGUAUCAUAUAUGUUCUUGAAGUAGCCAAGUAUUAUGAUGAUCCCACACUUCCCAUCAUUGGCCAGGUGGUUGACAUGUUAACUAAAACUCUUAGUUACCUGCCCGGGUUCAUAUCAAUCCACGACGUGACCUACUUCGAUUUCUUGAACCGUGUAAAAGCAGAAGAAGAUAAACUCAGAUCUUUGAAUCUAUGGGAAGUUCCUCAUCCAUGGCUUAACCUCUAUGUCCCCAAAUCUCGGAUUCUCGAUUUCCAUAACCUUGUUGUCAAAGACAUACUCCUCAAGCAGAACUCGACCUCUGGCCUUACUCUCCUGUAUCCCUCAAACCGGAUUAAAUGGGACAACCGUAUGUCGGCGAUGACAACAGAUGAAGAAGAUGUUGUUUAUAUAAUCGGAAUACUACAAUCAGCUACCCCACAGAAUGUGCCAGAAGUGGAAAGCUUAAACGACAAAAUCAUUAGGGUUUGCAAGGACUCGGGUAUUAAAAUUAAGCAGUAUCUAAUGCAUUACACCAGACAAGAAGAUUGGGUUGAGCAUUUCGGAACAAAGUGGAGUGAUUUUUCCAAGAGGAAAGAUCGGUUUGAUCCCAAGAAACUUCUAUCUCCAGGACAAGAUAUCUUUUGAUUGAAUAUGUAACCAGAUCAUAAUUAAAGAAUAAGAAUUAAAACUAGUAAAAU